UGGUGAAUAGUUCAAAAUGUCUUAUUCCAUAAUUUAAUAUCUAAUACAGUAUGUGGAAGAAGACAUUCAAAACUGUUCACCACCAACUGUCCUGUUUCGUGGGACUCCCUGUAGUUUGAACUUGAUUUUUUGAAUCCCAAAUAAAACUUAAUUUUAAAAGAAGGGGAAAAUUAGGUUGCCUAGCACUUGUUAAGUUAAAAAAGGGUAGAAAUAUGAAAUGAGCCAAUUUUAUUCGUUUUUGAAGUUUGAAACACUUUACCCCCCUACUCCCCCCCGCAAACACACCCGUAGACACUAUUUUCCGGGAUUAUAAAUUUAUUCUUAGUGCGUAAAUAGAUAGUUAAACGGAGUUUGACUUAAUUUACGCAAUUGGCUAUCCAGUAACCGUCUAUUCGAGUCGACAUGCGUCGCACAUCAAAAUUGUCAUUAAUAUAUCAGUCUUGAAAGAGUCUUAUUAGUGCUACAUCAAACUUUUAUUGGCAAGAUAAAAAAAUGUCGGAAACUAUGGGAGAGUGCGCCAAAUGUAAAGUAAGGGUGAAUAAGGAGCACUGUGUUGAGUGUGCCCUUUGUAAAUUGGUCUUUGAUGCUGAUUGUGCGGGGUUGUCGGAGGUAGAGUUCAGAGUACUAGGAGAAGCUCGGAGCAGGGAUGGAGAAAUCCUAGGCACAGGUGGAACUAAUGGAGGCAGUACUGAAAUAUUUGAAAAGCUCAGCAGACCUAUUGAAGAAGUAUUUGGAGGACACAUCGUAGGCAUUAAAGAGGAACGAAUCGAGGGCGUUAAAGAAGAACGAAUUGGAGAAAUAAAAGAGGAAAGAAUCGGAGGACUUAAAGACCAACAAAUCGGAGGAGUUAAGGAUCAUAUUGGAGGAGUAUUCUGGUGCUGUGAAAGCUGUCGUGUCCUAAUGAAGAAGAUGAAACCUGUUGACAAUGACAAUAAAGUUGAUAACAAAAUGGAGGUCAAAGAACUGAAGAAUAAGAAAAGGGAGGAUGAGGACUCAAAGGAGUUAAGAAUGGAGAGUGAAAACCCGCUGCUUACCCUCAUUAAAGAGCUUAAGGUUUCUCAAACAGUGCGUCAACCUGUUAGAUCAACAUACAGGCAUGAUAUCAGAGAAAUAAAGCAUGGUGAACGGUUUCGCUUCACCUCUGAAAGUGUUGGUGAGGGGCAUCCUGACAAGAUGUGUGACCAGAUCAGUGAUGCGAUUCUUGAUGCACAUCUACGUGAGGAUAGUGAUGCGAAGGUUGCUGUAGAAACGGUCACAACAACCGGCCUUAUCAUGUUAAUCGGUCAGGUCACCAGCAAGGCAAAUAUUGACUACCAGAAGGUUGUUAGGGAUACAGUGAAAGAGAUUGGUUAUGAUGACUCAAGUAAAGGGUUUGAUUAUAAGACUCUAAGCCUCCUCGUGGCUCUCGAACAUCAAAGCCCAGAUAUCGCUCAGGGUGUUCAUCACAACGGUGUACUCAAGGAGGAUAUUGGUGCUGGAGAUCAAGGGUUUAUGUUCGGAUAUGCUACAGAUGAAACUGAUGAGUGUAUGCCCCUGACUGUUAUGCUGGCCCAUCAACUGAACAAGAAAAUAGCUGAUCUAAGAAAAGAUGGAUCAUUAUGGUGGGCUAGACCUGAUAGUAAAGCACAGGUGACAUGUGAAUAUUUCUUUGAUAAUGGAGCCUGUAUUCCAAUACGUGUACAUACUGUUGUAGUUUCUGUACAGCAUUCAGAAAAGGUGAGUCUUGAGUACCUGAGAUGUGAUGUCCUGGAGAAGGUUGUGAAGAGAGUAAUUCCCCUGAAAUAUCUGGAUAAAAAUACUGUGGUUCAUAUCAAUCCCUGUGGGAGUUUUGUUAUCGGAGGUCCCAUGGGAGACGCAGGACUUACAGGCAGAAAGAUUAUUGUGGAUACUUACGGCGGGUGGGGUUCCCAUGGUGGUGGCGCAUUUUCUGGAAAGGAUUAUUCCAAAGUAGACCGUUCAGCGGCAUACGCCCUGCGCAUGAUUGCAAAAUCACUGGUCAAGUCAGGUCUCUGCCGCCGCUGUUUAGUCCAGGUCUCUUAUGCUAUUGGACUAUCUGAUCCAUUGGGUAUAGCUGUGUUUGAUUAUGGAACUGGGUCAUUAUCCUCACAGAAGUUGACCGAAAUAGUGAAGAAAAACUUUGAUUUGCGGCCUGGACGAAUAGUUCAAGAUCUGCAGCUACAACAACCAAUAUUUCAACAAACAGCAGCUUAUGGACACUUUGGAAGGAGCUGUUUUCCUUGGGAGCAGCAUAAGCAGCUCCGCUACUGAUCUACACAGAGCUCUUCGGCAAAUCUUCUCUAGAUAGAUUUGAAAUUGACCUAUAUUUCCCUAAGAUUUGUAGAUUUUACAUCCAUAUUAGCCGAUUUUUCACAAACUCUGAUUUUCUAAUCCCUAUAUUCGUACAACCUCAUGUCGUAACCUUAAGAUAUUUCAAACUAUAAAUUCUGUAUGAUCAAAUAGCAUAAGCUUGAAAUAUCAGGGUGUACAACAUUUGGUGCAGGGAUUUGAAAAUCAAAGUUUGUGGCUAAGACUAAAUUCCUUUGGUAGAUUUUCCAUCCAUAUUGGCAGAUUUUUUCCAUAAUUUGGUAAUUUUCCAUAAAUAUUGGCAGAUUUU